ACUCUGCUGCUCCUCCAUAUAACGAGGCCCGGCUCUUGCUGUGUUUUCGUCAGUCCGUUCGUGUAGUCAGUUACCGGUUCAGUGGCUCAGUGCCAUCAUCAGUAGCAAGCAGUAGGUGACCAGUCAAUCAUUCGUCCAUCCAUGCAUUUGCUGAAGCUCCCCUGCUCUUGACCUGCCAACCACGUCGCCCAGCUCAAUCCAUAAAGGCAACCACAAGGAAGGGAAAGUACACUGUUGCAUUGCUGAUUGCUCUGUCCUCUCCGUCUUGGUGGGGAAGAAGAAGAGAGGCAAGAGAGGCUGCGGUUGCGUUGUGUUGUUGCGUUGCGCAAUGAGGAGAACAGGGCUGGCGCGCGGCCAUGGCGCGGUGACGGCGGCGGGCCGGGCAGGGAGGGUGAUGAGGGCAGCGGUGGCGGCAUUCUUCGGCGGGUACCACUGCUUCAGCUCCGUGGCGGCGCUGCUGGCGCUGCCGUUCUCGGUGGCCGUGCUGGCCUCCGAGGCGAUGGCGCCGUCAUCGGGGAUGCUGCGCGGGGUGGCGUCGCGGCUCCGGUCCGUGUUCGCCGCCGCGGGGUUCCCGCCCUCGGCCUUCUUCGUGCUGCUCGAGGCCAAGCUGUCGCAGACCGUGUUCACGUUCGCGGCUACGCUACCGUUCGCGCUCACGUUCCUGCUGCUCGCCAAGGCCUGCGUCGCCGGCAUGCUUCGGGAGGAGGACGCGCCGGGGGUGCAGUUAAGGUGGCGGCGGUUGGCCGCGCUCCCGCCGUGCGGGGCCACCGCGCGCGCGUACCCGGCGCUCGUCGCCACGCAUCUCUUCAACGCCUUCCUCAUGCUCUCCGCCAACGCUGCGGUGUUCUCGCUGCUGCUUCUCGCGUUUGGCGCCGCCGACGUCCUCGGGCUGACCUCCCAGGCGUGGACGCUCGCGCUCUCAGCGGCCGGCGCCAUCGUCUACUCACUGGCCAUCGGCGUGGCCACCGUGGUCUGCAACCUCGCGGUCAUCAUUGCCGCCAUGGAGCGGGGCUGCGCCGGCCACGCCGCGGUGCUCAGGGCGUGCGUGGUGAUCAGGGGCCGGGUGUCCACCGCUCUGGCGUUGGCGCUGCCCAUUAACCUCGGCAUAGCAGCCGCCGAGGCGCUGUUCCACCUCCGGGUCGUCUCGCGGCACCGGAUGGACAGGAGGCUCGUGCCGGGGGUCGCCGGCGAGGCCUUCUCCAUCGCUUACAUCCACGCGCUCUGCGUCGUGCUCGAGAUCAUCGUCAACUGCAUGUUCUACAGGAGCUGCAAGAAGAGUGAAGCAGAUGAGCUCAGAGAGCUGGAGCCAGAGGAGAAGGGUGACCUCCAGGCUUGAGCUCAGCUUCAGCUUCAGUCAGGUGUAAAAGAAAAAAAAGGAGGGGAAGUUUACAAAUAGCGGUAUAGGUUUGUGAUAGAUAUCUGCAUUUUAUUUUUGUUGGCAAGCAAAUGAUAAAUUGAGGUCAAAUAAAUGAUUCUCUUGUACAGAAGGACAUACUCUCUCGAACUGAAAUAAAAAAGCAGGGAAUUUCGAACUGAAACAAAAAAAGA